CGGGGCUCGGCCGGUGGCCGCAUGCUGCUGCUGCUGCUGCUGCUGCUGCGGCGGUGCCCAGCGCGGCAGGGACUGCGCGGCCGGCCCGGCGACAAGGAUGCGGCAGAUCCGGCUUCCUGGAGGAGGGGCCGCCGCCCGGGCAGGGCAGGGCAGGGCAGGGCAGGGCAGUGUCCCGCUCCGCUGCCGCAGGUGCGGAGGGGCUGGGCCCGAAGACGCCGAGCCCCGGCCGUGCUGCGCAGCUCCUCGGCGGCUCCUGGCAGCUCCGUACAGCAGGCGCCAGGCGGCGGCCCGGGAGCGGCGCGCCCGGGAGGGAUCCCCGCGCAGGGCCGCGCCCGCCCACUCCCUUGGCGGCUCCGCGGCGGCCCCCGCCCUCCCGCCUCGGCGCUGCGCUACCGGCGCAGUCCCGGCCGGGCCAGCUCCCGCUGUCGGGCGAGGCGCUUUAGGGCGGGGCGGCGGGACUUGGGCGCAUCGUCUCGGGCUGCCCGGGCCGGGCUGACGGCGCGGCCGCACCGGCCCCGUGCCCGCGCUGCGCCCCGCCGGCCGCGCGGGGGCGCCCUCCCGGCGGGCCGGGCCGUGCCCCGGAAGGCCCCGUGCAGGCCCCGCGCCGCGUCCGCCCGGCCAUGGCCGCGUUGUCCCGCACGUUCGGCAUCUUCGGCGCCUUCGUGGCCAUGGUGGGAGCCGCCUUCUACCCCAUUUAUUUCCGGCCGCUGCUGCUGCCAGAGGAGUACAAGAAUGAGCAGUCAAUAAACCGAGCUGGUAUUGUUCAAGAGGAUAUUCAGCCUGCAGGGUUAAAAGUGUGGUCGGAUCCAUUUGGAAGAAAGUAAUCGGCAGCUGGGUGUAUUGCAGAACUGAAGAUGGACGUCUUCAGCUGCUUCUUCUUUCACUGAAGUGUGUCUUUAGGAGUCGCUGGAGCAGAAUUCUGAAUAUGCUGUGUGGGCACAUGAAGAGCAACAAAGGCUACUGGUUGGAAACCCAAGAGAUACUAGUUUUAAAACAUGCUAGUUUUGAGAGAGAAUGCUGGUGCAUAGCUCACAGACUGUUAGAAAGCUGAAUGAUUAUUGAGUAUAGAAAUGAAAUAUUUAUUUCCUUGAGAAAAGGAAAAAGGGUUUUCUUCUAAUCUGUACACUUGUAAAUUAUGGAUAGAAUAAAUCAUUCAGACUGCUGCAAUUUCCUCCCUAGUCUGAAAGUUACAAGAUGAUGAAUGUAAAUUUGUACAUUAAAAAUUUUAAACCAA